UGCUGUUUGUUGUUCCAACAGAAGACGUGGAGAACUCUGAGGUGGCUGCGCUGCCUCUGGACACCCAGAGAAACAUCGAAGCUGACAGCUUCUGGUGCAUGAGCAAGCUGCUGGAUGGAAUACAGGACAACUACACCUUUGCUCAGCCUGGAAUCCAGAACAAAGUGAAAGCUUUAGAGGAGCUGGUCAGCAGGAUAGAUGAGGACAUUCACAAUCAUUUCAAGAGGUACGAGGUGGAGUAUCUGCAGUUUGCUUUCCGUUGGAUGAACAAUCUGCUGAUGAGGGAGCUGCCGCUUCGUUGCACUAUUCGUCUCUGGGACACCUACCAGGCUGAAACAGAGGGGUUCACACACUUCCACCUGUACGUCUGUUCUGCCUUCCUCAUCGAGUGGCGCAAAGAAAUCCUCUCCAUGGUGGACUUUCAGGUACAGAUCAGUUUAGUCCUCCACACUUAGGUCAGAAAGUCAUCA